AUGAAAUCUUUUGAUCAUAUACCACCUCUGCAUGCAGCAAUAAUGUUUGGUUCAGCCCACACUGUGGAAGCUUUACUAGAGAAUGGAGCAGAAGUAAAUUCUGAAAUGCAGCAUGGAAUUACCCCAUUAUGUUUAGCAAUUUUAAAAAAUAAUUUGGAAAUGUUAAAUCUCAUUCUCACUUUCAGAGCAGAAGUUAAUCAUGAACUUUGCAUUAAAUUCACUCCUCUAAUGCUUGCUUGUGAAAUGCACUCUAUUAAUAGCAUUCGUGUCUUGGUUGACAAAGGGGCUGAUGUCCAUGCUAAAACAGAGAAAGGUAACACUGCAUUGCAUUUGGCUGCUGAAAAUGGUUUGGUUAACAUAAUAAAAAUUCUUUUACAUUAUGGGGCUGAAGUAAAUGUGAAAAACAAAGCUCACGUGACGCCUUUGCAUGUAGCAUGUGCCAACAACAAACUUGAAGUAGUGAAAAUUCUCCUUAAGAAUGGGGCUGAUGUAAAUUUAACCGCAACUGGUAUAAAUGAAAAAAAAGAGGAAAUAAAAAAAAUAACUCCUUUGCAUCUAGGAGCAGGAACAUGUGCAGAAAUAGUGGAAAUUCUGAUCCAAGCCGGAGCUAGGGUUAAUGUUAAAACUAGUAAUAAAGUUACACCGUUACACAUUGCUUCCCAGAAAGGUUCAUCCACCAUCGUAGAUAUCUUAUUGAAGGAAAAUGCUCAGGUAAAUGUUGCAGAUUAUGAGAAUCUAAAUCCUCUUCACUUAGCAGUGCAGAGCAACAAUCUUUCAGUUUUGAAAUCUCUUAUUUCCAAGGGAGGUCAUGUAAAUUCAAAAGGAUUUCAGGGCUGUGUACCACUGCAUUUGGCAGCUGAGCUAGGUUAUUUCCCAUGUGUGAAGGUGUUGGUGAGUAGAAAGGCAAAUGUGAAUGUCAGAAAUCUAGGUGGAAGUACACCUCUGCACUUGGCAAUUCAAUACAAGCACACAAGAGUUGGCGAAUAUUUAAUAUUGAAUGGAGCACAAAUAUCUGUGGAGGAUGACCUGCGAUGGACCCCUUUGCAUAAUUUGUCAUAUAAUGGCUGUUCCUUGAGAAUAGCUCAGGCAUUAAUUGAAAGAGGUGUUAGCGUUAACGCUAGAACAAAUGAUGGUAGGACCCCUCUUCACUUAGCAUCAGAGAAAAAUCAUGUGAAAAUAGCACGGGUACUUCUUGAAAAUGGUGCAUGUUGUAAUUUACGUGAUGGGAAAAACUGGGCUCCUUUGCAUUAUUCCACAUUUGAAGGUCAUGUUGAAAUGACAAAAUUUUUGCUUUCUAAAGGAGCUCAUAUCAAUGUGAAAACAACCAUAAGCACCACACCCUUACAUUUUGCAGCCAGUCAGGGACAUCUUGCAGUGGUGAAAUUACUAACUGACAAUGGAGCAGAUAUUAAUGCUCUGGAUGACACAAGAUGGACCCCUUUACAUUUUGCUGCAGACAAAGGAUUUGAUAAAGUAGUUCUCCAUCUCUUGAAGAGUGGAGCAGAUACUUCUAUUCAAGAGAGUAAAAACUGGGGAACCCCUCUUCACAUAUGUAUUCAGCAAGGACAUUUGAAGAUUGUUAAUCAUCUUGUUACUCAUGGUGCUGAUGUGAAUGCCAAAAUGCUUUUUAGUGUUACUCCCCUACACCUUGCAGCACAAGAAGGAUUUUUAAAUAUUGUAAAAUAUUUGAUUUCCAAUGGUGCCAAAUAUGAUUGUCGGGUUAAAUGUAGAUCAAUGGACACUCCUUUAAGCCUCGCACUAAAAUCCAGCAGAGAUAUAAGUGUGGUAAAAUUUUUAGUUGCAACAGAAAUGAUGAUGAAUGCUGUAGGUCAUGAUUGUGUUUCAAAUUUCAAAGAUUGUUUAGAUGAUGGAGCUUUCAUUAAUACACAGAGUUUAAUUUAUGGUGCUCCUAUAUUACUGGCUGCUCAACAUAAAUCAAUUCAGGUAUUGCAAUGCCUCCUUGAAAGGGGAGCUGAGGUAAAUCUUAUUGAUGAUGAUGGAUUUUCAGCACUUCAUUUUGCUGCCAUUAAUAAUUCUCUUGAUAUUGCUUGUAUCUUGCUUAAAAAUGGUUGUUUAUACAAUAUUAAAACAUACGAAGCAAAAAAAACUCCAUUAGACUUGACCAUUGAAAAUUCUGCCCUCUCCUUUUUAUUACAAUCAAUAAAUGAAAUUUUCCAAAAAGUAGAGAGUGGUGGUAACAUAAAAGAUGAUUUAAAACAAUUUGAAGGAAAACCGGAUGAACUUGCUGCUGUUCUUGGUGCUCGUAAUGAAGAGAAUAAGACACUUAGUAUGCUCGGAAAUGAUGAUGUCAUUCAAUACUGA